AUGGCAAGCAGGCUGUCCAGAACAGGGCAUGAGAAUCGAUUUGUGAAUUCUUUGUCCGAUUAUGGUUUAGCUGCAGAAAUACCUUUGAGCUUCGUGGAUGUGGGCUUGAAGGAGACCCACCCGAUCCUAUCGAUCAAAGAUACCAUUCAGUGUUUGGACGAUGCUGGGAAACUUGAUAUCCUGUUUCAAGGAAAUGGAACCAGGAAAAGAAAAAGCACGGAAGAUGUUCCAGGAUGCAAUAUGAUUGGCAAUUCAAUUGUUACAAGAAUCCUGUGGAGUGUCAUGCUGGCCCGGGUCUAUGGUGGAAAGCGAAAGAACAAACCGUUGCUCAAAAUGAUUUCACACCUUUCCAUGGAGUUAUCGGAAGCCUUCCAUCAAGGAAUCCAACUGAAACAACACCAUUUGGGCAGGAUCUACUUGGUCCCCAUAUCAAUGAAAGGGGAUUGGCCAGCUUUGGCUAAGAUUGGCUCUCUGACACGCCAUUUUGGCAGACUGGUCACUUCAGGGAAAUCUGUGGGAAAAGGCAUCUGCCAUUUAUGCCAAGCAGAUCGACCUGGCUUUGAAAACUGGCACAACCUGACAUAUGACAACAUGGUCAAGAUGCAUGACAAUGCACCAUUUCCCUGGACUGAGGAACCUUCUUUGGUCGCAGCAAUUCCUUUGAAUGAUUGCGAUAAGGCUGCCUUCUUUCGGUUUGACAUAUUUCAUGCUCUGCACAAGGGCUUCAUGGGAGACAUCGCAGCCAACGCCACGGUUUGCCUCUACGAUCAGGCGGUCUUCGGGGAUCUUUCGUUCGAGAACUUUUGUGAGGUUUGCUUUGCAGAGUUUAAAACUUUUUGUGCCAAAGAGUCCAAGACUCUUCACAUGUCUGGGUUGUCCCGGACACUACUGGGCUUUGGAACAUCAAGCGACUACCCAACGGCGAAACUUUGUUGA